UGCUAAUAAACCUGCGCAGAACACAAGGCCACCUCUGCCUCUGAAAAACCACAUACGUGUCAGUACCUCAUCUCCUGUUCGAUCGCUACAAUGGCGACCGGAAAACCUGCAACCCGCACUCACCCAACCACAUGCAAUAAACGUUCUCUUUCCUCUCAACGGUCCUCCGUUCCCUACUUCUGUGCUAUGGUUUUAACCUUUAAUCCUCUUCUCUAUCCUUCUGAUUCUUUCACAUGGAUUGAACAACACUUCUCUAAUCUUUCAUUUCUUUUCCUUUUGAAUACAAGAAAUGGGGAGCUGCAAUUUUCCUGGUUGGAAAAGAGCUGGUUAUGUCUUCCAAAUUCUUGAUUAGGGUUCAUCUGAAUCUUCGAUCGUGUGCUUGGCUUGCAACAGUUGGUGACAGCUAUCUUUUGCUGUCUGGGACCUUGGGAUUCAUGUCUUUAAGCUAUGGGUGUGUCCAGCUUAGUGUAGUUUUUUUUAAUCAUUUUAGUUUAUUUUUGUGCUUUUGGGAUUGAAAAUGGAUUAAGGUUGGACAAUGGCUUCAGCGACUGAUGUUUCACAUCAGAUAUCAACAUGGGAUGUUGGAUGUACUAACAGUAAUAGCAGUUUGCCUGCCAUGGACAAUGAAAACGAUGAUGCUUCUGAGAAUUUGAGCCAAUCGAAAGCUGGCAAACCUCCAAGAAACCUCUCUUGCAUGAGGCAUUGCAGCAACACAGCAUUUUUGACAGAUCCUGAAUUAGAUAUUGGAGUUAUCUGCUUGAAGUCGCCAUCAACUGAGAAUUCUGGAUUUCUACCUAUAUUUCGCUCAGGAAGCUCUUCUGAGAAAGGACCAAAGCAAUACAUGGAGGACGAGUACAUAUGCGUGGACAAUCUACAUCAAUAUUUUUCUAGGGCUAUAAACUGCCCUUCUCCUGUAGCAUUUUAUGGGGUGUUUGAUGGGCAUGGUGGCGUUGAUGCAGCGUCAUUUACCAGAAAGAACAUUCUUAAUUUUAUCGUUGAAGAUUCACAAUUUCCAUCUGGUAUGAAAAAAGCAAUUAAGAGUGCCUUUGUGAAGGCUGAUCAUGCACUUGCUGAUACUAAAGCUGUUGAUAGUUCCUGUGGCACUACUGCUUUGACUGCUCUUAUCUUGGGAAGGACCAUGCUCAUCGCCAAUGCUGGUGAUUCUAGAGCUGUGUUGGGCAAACGAGGAAGAGCAAUUGAACUGUCGAAAGACCACAAACCUAACUGCACCUCUGAGAGAAUAAGAAUUGAGAGACUAGGAGGUGUAAUUUAUGAUGGCUACCUUAAUGGUCAAUUAUCCGUGGCACGUGCUCUUGGUGAUUGGCAUAUUAAGGGUGCUAAAGGUUCAAAAAGCCCCUUGAGUGCUGAGCCAGAGUUGGAAGAGAUUAACCUGACUGAAGAAGAUGAGUUUUUGAUAAUUGGUUGUGAUGGUCUGUGGGAUGUGAUGAGCAGCCAGUGUGCAGUCACAAUUGUGAGGAAGGAACUCAUGAUCCAUAAUGAUCCUGAGAGGUGCUCAAAAGCACUUGUCAAGGAGGCACUCCAGCGCAACACAUGCGACAAUCUGACUGUCGUCGUGGUCUGUUUCUCUCCUGAUCCACCUCCUAAGAUUGAAAUGCCUAGAUCUCAUAAAAGGAGGAGUAUAUCAGCCGAGGGGCUGGAUCGUCUCAAAGGCGUGUUGAAUGCCGAUUGAACAAAAACUGGUUGCAUCUUGUAUAAAAGAGUUCCACAGUUGGUGAGGGAUUUUUACAAGUAAAUUCUGCUAGUUCAACCUGCUGCCGCUGGAAAAUGCUGAUUUCUUGAACCUAAACAUCCUGUAUAUUUGAGAUUCUUAUUUUGAAGAGUUAAUUAGUAUC